ACAGUAAUGAUGAAUAUUAAAUAGAGAAUAUAGAACAAAUGAGCUAAAACAUUCUAGAGGAAGAGGAAUCUCAUCCACCGAACCAAAUUCUCUUGCACAACCACAAAUCUUCUCUCGCCUUAUUUUUAUUUCGAUCUUUUUGUCUAUACGCUAACAUCUCAAAUUCUUCACCUUAGAAAGUACUAAGCACACAAGUCUGAGUGCAGGAAAAACAAGUUUUUUUCAGACAAAGAUGGUGCACAGAAGAAGAGAAGUUAAAAAGAGUUAUGUUAUGUUCUCUUCAACCUUCUUCUGGAUCUUUUUCCUCUGUCUUUCUCCUGCAGAGCUUAUACACGGUGUUAACUUUGAAAUUCUUGCUCUAGUAGAUAUCAAGAGUUCACUGAUUGAUCCUCAUGGAGUUCUAGUAAACUGGGACAGCACAGCAGUUGAUCCUUGUAGCUGGAAUCUGAUCACUUGCUCUGCUGAUAAUUUUGUCCUAAGCAUAGGAGGUGCAAACCAGGACUUGUCAGGAACUCUUGCAUCAAGUAUUGGCAAUUUAACAUAUCUUGAGACUGUAUAUAAAAGGCUAUUGCAGAACAAUUACUUCACGGGAAAUAUCCCUCCUGAGAUUGGGAAACUGAUGAAACUCAAAACACUUGAUCUAUCUAACAAUAACUUCUCUGGUGUAAUCCCAUCCACUCUUUCUCAUCCCACAUAUUUUCAAUACUUGAAGCUGAACAAUAAUAGCCUGACAGGAACAAUUCCUACCUCAGUGGCAAACAUGACCCGACUAAUUCUUUUGGAUCUGUCCUACAAUAACUUGAGUUGUCCAGUUCCAAUAUUACAUGCCAAUACAUUCAAUGUAAUGGGCAAUCCUCAGAUUUGUUCAACAAGAACUGAGGAAUACUGCAACAUGACUCAUCCUAAACCAACGUCACUUACUUUUAGCAGUUCUGAUCCAUCUGAUGGAAGAACAAUAAACCAGAAAUUCGCUGUACAAUUUGGUUUAAGCCUUGCAUGUAUCUGCUUGCUGAUCAUUGGAUUUGGUCUUAAUUAAGAUAAAACUGUAUUUGAAGAUUAUGAUAAGAAGGAUGUAAAUUUGUAAAAGCCAAGGCUUUAUCUGUGAAUCUCACCUGUAUAUAAAUACUACAGUUAUGGAAAGUUAAUAAACAAGAUUUGUACACAAGC